AUAAUUCAUAAAUCAAUAAAGCCACACCCAUCCAAUUGCAUUUUAAUAAAAUGGCGGCAGCAGGGCCAGCUGUAGUGAAUGUUAAAGACUGGAUCCAUUGUAAUCACUGCUAUACUGAACCUCCUAAGGAUAGGAGGAACACUCAGUUUAUUAUAACGUCGUGUGGUCAUCUAUUUUGUGGGAAAUGUUAUGGUGAGAGAGAGAAAUUUUGUCUGGUGUGUAAGGCAUCAUGUAGUGUAGUUGAUCUGUCAAAACAAGUUCCACCAGAUGUCAUGAUAUAUUUCCACACUCCUGAGUCCAUUAUACAGAGAUUCAUCUUCCAAUUCGAACGAGUAUCUAAAUUUCAAAGGGAGCAAAGGACUAGAUUAGUAAAACACAAAAUACAGAAAUUGCGGGAGGUUGCUGAAAGGAAGGAGAGGGAGAUAUUGUUAUAUGAAAAGGAAAAUGCUAGACUUAGACAAAUUAAACUAAGUUUGGAAUCAAGAUCUGUUUCCGUUCGUCCUUUAUCAUCAAACUCUACUACCUUACGUCCUCCUCCUUCAAUACUAAGAACCGGGUGUGGUCCCAUACAGACCCCGCCCAGUUUUACAAGGCCACGCCCAUCAAUGACCCUACCACCAUCACGUGGGUUCCUCCAUCACUAG